AUGCUGACGGAUAAUGAUGAUGAUGAUGAUGGUGAUGAUGUAGGUGGUGAUGACGAUGGAGAUGAUGAAGGUGAUUACGGUGACGGUGAUAAUGAAAGUGAUCUUGGUGACGAUGGCAGUGAUGAUAUGAUGGUGAUGAAGAUGAUGAUAUGGGAUGUGGUGGUCAGCAUGGAGAGAAUCCCCAGGGCUGAAAAGAAUCAAACCUUGAACAACUCUCCUUUUUCUCAUCUGAUUAUCAUCUUCUCAGUGAUUACUCUUUUUAACAUUGUCUCCCCCACCCCCAACCUCCACAUUAUCAGCUCCAUGAGGGACUCACUUGUCAUUGAGGAUGUGGCUCUGGACUUUACUCAGGAAGAGUGGGCUUUGGUGAAUCUUGCUCAGAGGAAACUCUACAGAGGUGUGAUGAUGGAAACCUUGAGAAACCUAGCCACAGUUGUCAUUGCAUCAGUUUCUCGGGAUCUUAAUGAUGGAGAAAAAUUAUCUAGUGAGCAUAUUACAGAGGAAAUCAUGAAGAAAACCACCUGGUUAUCCAUGUUAGGAGAAAUCUGUGAGUCGCAAAGCAUUGAAGAUCAGCAUAAAAACCAAAGGAGACAUACAAGACAACAUGCAAUAAAGAACCUUUGUGAAAGUAGCAAAGGCAGGCAGUGUGGGAAUACUUUCAGCCAGAUUCCAGCUCUUACUGUGCUCAGAACAACUACUCCUGAAUUAAGUCCUUUUGAAAGCCGUGAGUAUGGAAAGGCCUUCAUGGAUCAUUUGUCACUUAAGCAGCAUGUCAGAUCUCACACCGGAUGCAGUGCCUAUCAGUGUAAGGAAUGUGAAGAACCCUACAGUUCUGUCUCUUAUGUAUGCACUCCUAUGAGAACUCUUAAUGGAGAGAAACCCUGUAAAUAUAAGGAAUGUGGGAAAAGUUUCAUUUGUAGCUCAACUCUUAAGAAUCAUGUGACAACACUCACUGGAGAGAAACUCUGUGAGUGUAAUGAACGUGGGGAAGAUUUCUGUAGUUUCUCAUCCUUUAGGACACACGUAAGAGGUCAUAAGUGUGAAUGUAAAGAAAGUUGGAAAACCAGUACUCGUCCCUCAUUGAUCACUUUACAUCAAAAAUUUCAUAGUGGAGAGUGCUCUUAUGAAUGUAAAGAACGUGUGGAAGCCUUUGGUCAUGCAGCAUCCCUCGCCGAACACAUAAGAACUUGCACUGGAGAGAAACCUUGUGAACAUUCAGAAUGUGCAGAAUUUUUUCACCAGUCCCCAAACAUCAGUAAUCAAAUAAAAACUCAUGAUGGAGAGUGGUCAUAUGAAUGUAAACAGUGUGGGAAAGUCUUUAGUCAACCCUCAUAUCUCACCAGACAUAUAAGAACUCACAGUGGAGAAAAGCCUUAUGAAUGUAAGGCAUGUGGAAAAACCUUUAGUCAAUUUUCCACUCUCACUAGACAUGUAAGGACUCACAGCGGAGAGAGGCCAUUUGAAUGUAAGAAAUGCAGGAAAGCAUUUAGUGACGCCUCAUGCCUCACUAUACAUAAAGUAACUCACAAUGGAAAGAGGCCAUUUGAAUGUAAAAAAUGUGGAAAAACCUUUAGUAAGGCCUCAUCUCUUGCUAUACAUAUAAGAACUCACAGUGGAGAGAGGCCUUUUGAAUGUAAGGAAUGUGGGAAAGCCUUUAGUUGGGCCUCCUCCCUCACUACGCAUGUAAGAACUCACAGUGGAGAGAAGUUAUAUGAUUGUAAGCAAUGUGGGAAGGUCUUCAGUAUAUCCUCACACCUCACUGGACACAUAAGAACUCACAGUGGACAGAAGCCUUAUGAAUGUAAGGAAUGUGGGAAAUCUUUUAGUCAGUCCUCAUCCCUCAUUAAACAUGUAAGAAUUCACAGUGGAGAAAAGCCCUAUGAAUGUAAGGAAUGUGGGAAAUCCUUUAAUCAUUCUGUUUCCUUCACUGUACAUACAAGAACUCACAGUGGAGAUUGGCCAUUUGAAUGUAAGGAAUGUGGGAAAGCCUUUAGCUGGGCCUCGUCCCUCGCUAUACAUACCAGAACUCACACUGGAGAGAAGCCUUAUGAAUGUAAGGAAUGUGAGAAAGUCUUUACUUGUUCCACAUCACUCACUAAACAUUUAAGAAUUCACACUGGAGAGAAGCCUUAUGAAUGUAAAGAAUGUGGAAAAGUCUUUCGUUAUUCUUUCUCGCUCACUAGCCAUAUAAAAAUGCACAGCGGAGAGAAGUCUUAUGAAUGUAAGCAUUGUAGGAAAACCUUUAGUCAGUCCUCAUCCUUCACUAGCCAUAUAAGAACUCACAGUAGAGAAAAACCUUAUGAAUGUCAGGAAUGUGGGAAAGACUUUAGUUAUUCCUCAUCCUUCACUAAUCAUAUGAGAACUCACAGUGGAGAGAAACCUUACGAAUGUCAGGAAUCUGGGAAAGUCUUUGGUCAGUCCUCAUCCUUCAGUAAACACAGAAGAACUUGCUGUGGAGAGAAGCCUUCAUGA